CGACUAUUAGCUGGGUUUUGGUACGUGAACAGUGCGUAGUUAAAUUAUUUGGACACACACACUCACUGAAAGGUACAUGCACCCACACAGUGACACCAUUUUGCUCUCUAACAAUCUUGCUAAUUAUAAUUGUUAAUUAAUUCUCUUGCUGUGUCUUCAUCAAGAGACUAAUAACCUACAUUUUCAUUAAUUAGACCUUCAACCCUCUCUAUCUCUCUGGUUCCCUCCCUCCUCCCUUGUUCUCUAGUCGCAGUGUCAGUUAAUAUUGUGCCUGUGUCAGUGACAGUAGAUGCACUGCUUUUCGCCCUUUCUCAGUGUCAGCGUACAGUACACGUCUGCUGGUUUCCUCAGAGAGAGUGAGCGCCUGUGUGUACAGUGUACCGCAUAUUGUUCCCAUCUGCCUGUCGGUGCCCGUGUUUCUGUAGUGCCUUGUCUCCCUCUGCCUAGCCCCGACAGCACUGUUUCUGUAGCCCUUGCACAAGAGUUACCAUAGGCAGUUCGACCUGUGCUGAAAUGCUAACACUGUACCGUGCCCCAGUUGCCUGACACAAUAGCGUAGAUGCUAUCGCCAGUUUUCUGCUCAUUCAUUAUUCUGCCUCUUUUAAUAUUGCUACUGUUGGGAAGAAUGAUGGUGCUGAAUACGUCCACACAGCCUCUAAGCAUUUUUUUUACGUUCACAGUAUUGAAAAUGUUUUGAUAAAUAAAACUUUGAUACGGUACCCGCUGUACUUAAACACCAGCUACCGUUGUCAUUAAUGAAUGUCGCCCUUGAUACUGCCAAGCCUCUUAUGAUGACUGCUAAUAUUUCAUUGCGCCUGUAGCAUUCAGGAUGCGAUCCUCGGUUCAUUGGCGCUAUCGUUGGGCUGUAAGUGCUAUUACAUCACGGUAACCGCUCUCGUCACAGGUGCUGCCACCAGUGACGCUAUUGGCUGUCGGAGAGCCCCCCGUCGACGGCGAGCGACAAUUUUUGUCUCUGUCCCCCUUCUGCUCAAUCCUUCACUCUCCUGAGAGAUGUAACCCAGAUUUCAAAUGAAUCAUUGCGUAUUCCUCCAUCUCCCUCCCUCCUCUAUCUCUCUCUCUCUCUCCCUCUCUCUUUCUCUCUCACUCUCUCUCCCUCUCUCUUUCUCUCUCUCUCUCUCUCUCUCUUUCCUUUCCCCCCUUCCCCUAGGUAAAACCAGUAUCAAUCUUGGAAAGAGAAUAUCACUUCUGCCUCUUCAUCCUGUGCUUCUCCGGGGUGUGGGGAUAUACAGCACUGUGCUCCUCUAACACCCUUUGGUUCCUGGAAAGCUUCUAUCUCAUCACUUGCCCCUUCUUUUUUUUUGUUGGCAAGUUUUCGUCUUUUUUUUCCCCUUUCGGCUCUGCCCCUGUCACAGUUUGCAUUGUCUUUUUCUCUCUCUUUCUCUCACUCCUUAUUUUUUUAUGUAAAUCAGUGGCAGCAGUGUUAAGAUAAGGUUUACAUUCAAAGAUAGGAGGAAGAUACAGAGGGACCGAGGAAGAGGAUCACUUUGGUCUUUGAUCAAAUCUGUCAGCGAGAAGCUGUAAAUACAGUCUCUCUUUCCCCCUCGCCCCCCCCCCUCCCAAAGCCAGCAUGUCGGCUCCUGUUUCCCCGUCCCCCUCCCUGUCCCCACUGGUCCUCGCCGCCUCCUCCCCUUCCCCGUCCCCUUUGGCUUCCCCCCUGCCCUCCCCUCUCUCCCCGCCGCCCCGAGUGCCCGUCUUCCAGAGGAGGGGGGCCCUGAAGCACAAGCACAUCAUCGAGGUGAAGGACCACCAGUUCACCGCCCGCUUCUUCAAGCAGCCCACCUUCUGCAGCCACUGCACUGACUUCAUAUGGGGUAUUGGAAAGCAGGGCUUCCAGUGUCAAGUAUGCGGUUUUGUGGUUCACAAGCGCUGUCACGAGUUUGUCACCUUUACCUGUCCUGGAGCUAUGACGGGCCCCAAACCUGAGGACGUGAAGAGCAAACACAAGUUCAAGAUACACACCUACUCUAGUCCCACCUUCUGCGACCACUGUGGCUCGCUGCUCUAUGGCCUCAUCCACCAGGGCAUGAGAUGUUCCAGCUGUGAGAUGAAUGUACACAAGCGCUGCGAGGCCAGUGUUCCUAGCCUGUGCGGCCAUGACCACACGGAGAAGAGAGGACGAAUCCACCUGACCAUCAGAGGAGAGCGAGAGGAGAUUCACAUCACAGUCCGAGAGGCGCGGAACCUGAUUCCCAUGGACCCAAACGGGCUCUCGGACCCCUACGUGAAGCUGAAGCUGAUCCCCGACCCCAAGAGCCAGAGCAAGCAGAAGACGCGCACCAUCCGCUCCACGCUCAACCCCGUGUGGAACGAGAGCUUCACCUUCUCGGUGCGGGGCCGACAGUGGGACCGGCGUCUGUCGGUGGAGGUGUGGGACUGGGACCGCACUUCCCGGAACGACUUCAUGGGGGCGCUGUCCUUCGGCGUGAGCGAAAUCUUCCGGCGCUCCGUCUGCGGCUGGUUUAAGCUGCUCAACCAGGACGAGGGGGAAUACUACAACAUCCCCGUCCCGGACCAGGAUUUACAGGAGACCCUACUGGCUCCGCCCCCUUCCCUGCCUCCUCCCCCAAUAGCUGUCCCAACCCCAGUGACUGCUCCCACUCCCUCCUGUCCCUCAGUGCUCUCCCCAGGGAAGAUCCGACUGGGACUGAAGGACUUCAACUUCUUAAUGGUGCUUGGCAAAGGCAGCUUUGGCAAGGUUCUGCUGGCCGAGGAGAGGAGCACUGAGAGGCUGUUUGCGGUGAAGGUGCUGAAGAAGGACGUCCUCUUCCAGGACGAGGACACAGAGAGCGCCAUGGUGGAGAGGAGGGUGCUGGGGCUCAGCGGGCGCCCCCACUUCCUCACCUGCCUGUACUGCGCCUUCCAGACUGAGGACCGUCUGUAUUACGCGAUGGAGUACGUGAACGGCGGCGACCUGAUGUUUCAUAUUCAGAUCGUGGGGAAGUUCAAAGAGCCGCACGCCGCGUUUUACGGCGCGGAGGUCGCCGUUGGCCUCUUCUUCCUCCACAGCAAAGGCAUCAUAUACAGAGACCUGAAGCUGGACAACGUGCUGCUGGACAGCGAGGGCCACAUCAAGAUCGCGGAUUUCGGGAUGUGCAGGGAGGGGAUGCUGGAGAACGAGACCACGCGCACUUUCUGCGGGACCCCCGACUACAUCGCCCCCGAGAUUGUGGCCUACCAGCCCUAUGGAAAAGCUGUAGACUGGUGGUCUUAUGGAGUCCUGCUGUAUGAAAUGCUGGCUGGACAGCCUCCAUUUGACGGAGUGGACGAGGAGGAGCUGUUUCAGGCCAUCAUGGAACAGAGUGUCUCCUACCCAAAGAACCUCUCCCGUGAAGCCGUCUCCAUCUGCAAAGGGUUCAUGACCAAACACCCAGGGAAGCGUCUCGGAAGUGGGGAGGAGGCAGAGAGAGAGAUUCGAGACCAUCCCUUCUUCCGUUGGAUCGACUGGGAGAGGCUUGAGAGAUUGGAGAUCCAACCUCCAUUCAAGCCCAGGACUGGAGGAAGGAAAGGGGAGAAUUUUGACAAGUUCUUCACAGCCGCCCCGUCGGUCCUGACCCCCUCCGACCCCGACGUGCUGGCGGAAAUCGACCAAGACGACUUCCAAGGCUUUUCCUUCAUCAACCCCAACUUCCAUCCUUCCCCCCUCUCCGUGGUCUGAGCUGAAGGAGGAGGGGAGACAGGAAUGCUGUUCGCUGGCGUUACCCCUGCUGGACACUACUCUACCCUCUAACGCUAGCACUGAGAGAGAGCUAGGGGCGUGCUCUCAACACACACAGUAGGCACUCAACACUCACAUGGGCACAAGGGUACAGUUAUGGUCCUGACAUGCAAAAAAACAAAAACAAAAAAAACAAAGGGGUCAGUAUUCAAUAGAUGGCAUUUAAUCAGAUUCUCCAACAGGUAGGUAUUUUUCAAUUCACCGUGUAUUUUGGAGGCGUCCGAUAACUUGGAGGUGUUCUAAAUGGCAUAAAAAGCAAAGGUACACAACCGGUACACUAUUUCUGUAAAAAAUUACAGUUUGAGAAAGAAAUAUUAGAGUGAGACAAAUCCAAGCUUGCUUUUCUAACUAAAUGAAUGGAUGGUAACUUUUUGGAAGCUGGUUGAAUGUCCAGGCACUUAACUUACAAAUGUGGUAUUCUGAUUACAUCAUGAAGGCACCUUGCCAUUUUAAAAGAAUUAUAUAAGCAUUUUAGAACAUAUAAUUAUAAUAGUACUAGAAUAGUAUAAUUUAAAUAUGUGACUUUGAAGACCAUGUCACAGUUUUGAAGGUCACAAUAGAUUGCCUACCUUCUUUUAUGUUAAGUACAUAACCAUACAUGCGCACGUCUCAUCCCCUGACAUACAUUCACAUUUGCUAUAGGUUCACACUUUCACACUUUCCCCACAUUUAAACCGAACUGUGAAUGAACUGGCAAGCACUUGGCUGCUACUGAUAGCAACACUUCCUUGUUGUACCAAACUGACCACUGGCCAUCACUUUCUCCGUUAUUUCAUCAAAGAACGUCUGCCACAAUUACACACUGCUGACCACUCUACUGUAUCUGUUAUUAAGGUUGUGCCUUUUGAGACACGCAUAACCAAUGUAUUUAUUCAUUUUUAUCACAUGGCUAAAUCGUACUGUUCUCCGUGUCUGGGAGAUUUCGUGCUGGCCUGGCACUUCGACCCCGAGUUUGAGCUGAAGAGGCAAUGUGUCAGUGUGGGGCUCUCUGAUGGAAGUCACUCAGGGCAAACCUGGGCUGACUCAGCUGCUGCUGCAGUUCUCUGGAUGACAUGGGUUGAUCCCCAGCUGAAGGAGGCAAGAGACAUAAACCUGUCCCGUGUGUAGCACCAGUACAGUGGUACAAUGUGAAGAUAGUAAAGAUAAUUCACAAUGUUCAUCCCGUAUGGGUAAUGUGCAGAUAUGCAAGUUUCACACUGCGGCCAAUAGACAUGCGCAGUACAAUUGGUUGUUCGUUUGCCCGGCGGUUAUGUUCUUGGAAAAAACAACAUGCGAUAAUGUGUGGGCGGAAAGAAUAUAAAAAGAAAGCGAAGAUACGUGCCAAAUUGGAGUUUUAGUUUCAUGUUGAUAAGAUGUCCCCUGUAAGCUAUACAUCCUACAAACAGGCACUGAUACCAACAAUAGGCCUGAUCGAUGAGAACACAGAUGUCUUCGAAGUUAAGACUCCGCGAAUCGCCUCUUCGCAGGCCAAUCCAACACUGCCAUUGUACCAAAGCCAAAACAGUUAUUUGCUUGCCUCAUUUUUUGAGGCCCAGUCACACACGUUUCUCUUUGUGCUCAUAGCAUGUACUUAUUAAAGGAAAGCAAGAGACAGAUGAAUGUUUCAGUCAUGUUAUUCGGAAACUCCUUGAGUGGAAGGCCCCCGGACACAAACACCCUGUUGCGUCGUCUUUCAGUCUGUGCCAUGAGAGUAGAGUCGAGGCAGAUGUAUGAACUGCAGUGUGAAGUCCUCGUGCUCAACACCUUUUUCAAACUCAUUUCAAUGUAGGCCAAGGUCAAAGUGCCAGUAUGCAAGGAAUCUGUGACAACAAUAGUUACAUUGUUAAAUUAUACUGACAGACAGACAAAAAGAGAGACAUAUAGAUAGAUAGAUAGUUAGAUAGAUAGAGAUAGCUGAAUUAAUCCCAACAAAAACUUAAUAAUUAAAUGCUUUAAAGGAAAUAUAUGUUGAGUUAUUGUGUUUAUUUGUUUGGUAAUAUCUUGGUGUGUCUCUCUGCAUUGAAAACCUUAAUAAAUCAAAUAAUUCCUCUGUGA